UCGGUGGAAUGUAUAAUGUAGAUUCCUCUUUACAUUCAGCACCUUUUCUCAUCGGUACCGACAAAAAUAAAACAGCAGAUGCAGUUGUAUAAACACCCGGUGACCUAAACUCAGUUUGUCAUAAGGCAAAAUGAAUCUCCAAACUUCACUCCAAGAAUUCAGGCAAGAGCUAACAAAAAUAGCUCUGGUCAAUCCCUUCCUCGUAUCUUCUUUAAUCCUAUUCUCGCUCCUGCUUCUCUUCUAUAAAUCGAAAAGAAGCAGCAGCGAACUCAAUCUACCUCCAUCCCCACCAAAACUACCCGUAAUCGGAAACCUUCACCAGCUAGGUAAACUGCCUCACCGGCGUUUAAAAACUCUUUCAGAGAAGUAUGGCCCCGUAAUGCUUUUGCACAUGGGUCACGCGCAAACUCUUGUGCUUUCAACCAUAGAAAUGGUUAAAGAAAUCACAAAAAACCAUGAUCUCGCUUUUGCAGACCGGCCUUCUUCUACCGCUGUUGAUUUAAUAUUUAACGGGCGGCUUGACAUGGCAUUAGGCCGGCAAUCUGACCAGCAGAAAGAAGCAAAAAAGCAGUGUGUUGUUCAACUGUUGAGUCAUAAGAAGGUGCAGGAAUUUCACUUCAUAAGGGAAGAAGAAGUUGCAAAGAUUCUUGAUAAGCUACGCCUUUCAAGCGUGAACAGAGAGCCGAUCAAGGUCAAUGAUUUGUACAUAAGUAUUGCGCACAACAUAAUUUCAAGGUCAGCUUUCGGUUGUUUAUAUGAAAACGACGACGGUUUGCAUCAGAGCUUUGGGCAACUAGGAAGGAGAAUUACUAAACUUCUAUCAGCUUUCUGCUUCAAUGAUCUAUUUCCAUUCUUGGGAUGGAUGGAUCACCUGACUGGCUUGAUUGGAGAGCUGAAAAUGACUUCUAAAGAAUUGAGUCAGUUUUUUGAUCGAGUGAUCAAAGAACGUCAAGCUUUGAUGAAAGAUGAUGAUAAAGUUGACGAUAUGAAGUGUUUGGUCGAUGUUCUUCUAUAUCUACGGAAGAAAGGGCUUCAAUCUGAUCUUUCUCUCGAUAAUAUCAAAGGGAUUUUGAUGGACAUGUUCAUCGGCGGAACAGAUAGUUUAGCAGUAACAAUGGAAUGGAUGAUGGCAGAGCUGAUGAAGAAUCCAAGAAUAAUGAGGAAAGCUCAAGAAGAGAUAAGAAGAGUGGUCGGUAAUAAACCGAAAAUAACUCAGGCAGAUCUGGAUCAAAUGGAAUACUUUAAAUGCGUCGUAAAAGAAAACAUAAGGUACCAUGGUGCAGCACUGAUGCCUCGACAAACAUCAGGGGGUGUGAACUUUCAAGGCUAUGACAUUCCAGCAAACACCAGGGUACUGAUCAAUGCAUGGGCAAUUCAAAGGGACCCCAAUUUGUGGGAUAGGCCACAGGAAUUUCUUCCAGAAAGAUUUCUCAACUGUUCAGAUGAUUCUGAAAAUGCAGAACACAGACAUUUAAUGUUUUCUUUCGGUUUCGGAAGGAGGGCUUGCCCCGGAAUGUCAUUUGCAUAUGCAGAAAUUGAAUAUGUAAUGGCUAACCUGCUCUACUGGUUUGACUGGGAGUUGCCUGAUGGACAAAAAGGAGAGGACCUGGACAUGAGCGAGAAAUGGAUCUUUGUCAUUUAUAAAAAACUACCUCUUCAAGUUGUGCCACAGCCUUACUCUCCUUGAUUGUAUGGAAUGUAUAGAAGUAUGUAUUGAAAUAAAUCAUGUCCACCAAUUCAAUAAAUUCUAGAAAAUCGUGUCACCUUUAAAA